GGCGUUUCCUCCAGCGUGUCUUACCUUUGCUGUCAGAGCUCACCUGACAAGUUAAAAGUCCAAGACUGUCAGGACGUUUUAUGGCUAUAAGCCCAGCUGGAAAUUAAAACAGAACAGCGCCAUGGAGUCUCCAGGGAAGGACUCCCCCGUCAGACCAGGUUUCCACAGACUGGAGGUCCAGAAAACGACGUGGGACAUCCCGGAGAGGUACACGGCUCUGCGGGCGAUCGGCUCCGGAGCUUACGGGACAGUUUGUUCUGCCAUUGAUCAGAAGACGAAGGAGCAGGUGGCCAUCAAAAAGCUGUAUCGUCCUUUCCAGUCGCUCAUCCAUGCCAAACGGGCCUACAGGGAGCUCAGGCUGCUCCGCCACAUACAGCAUGAAAAUGUGAUCUGCCUCCUUGACGUCUUCACCCCUGACUCUACGCUGGAAAAAUUCCAAACCUUUUAUAUGGUAAUGCCAUUCGUAGCCCAGGAUUUAGGCCACAUCAUGAAGAAGCGGAGAUUAACUGAUCGCAUUAUCACUUACCUGUUCUACCAGCUUCUGAGAGGACUCAAGUAUAUUCACUCUGCUGGGAUCAUUCAUCGGGAUCUGAAACCUGGUAACCUUGCUGUGAAUGAGAACUGUGAAUUAAAGAUUCUGGAUUUCGGACUAGCCAGACAGACGGAGAGCGAAAUGACUGGUUAUGUUGUGACACGGUGGUACAGAGCGCCAGAGGUCAUAUUCAACUGGAUGCACUACAGUCAGACAGGUACUAAUAUUACCUCCCUCAUACAAAUAAUAAUUUUCAGCGUGUUGAAAAUACAACAGAAUACUGCAAUAUGCUAUGACAGAGAUUUGAUUUUUGUUAUUAAAAUUCUCUCUCUGUGCCCCUUCAUCACAGUGGAUGUGUGGUCAGCUGCCUGUAUCCUGGCCGAGCUGAUUACAGGCCAGGUGCUUUUCCAAGGACAUGACAGCAUUGAUCAGCUGAAGAAGAUCCUCCGUCUGACAGGAACACCAGACUCCUCCCUGGUUCAAAGGAUGCAGAGUAAAGAUGCACAAUCAUAUGUCCAAGGUCUUCCACCACAGAAGAAGAAAAACUUCAGGGAAGUGUUUUCAUCCAUGGAUGAAAAUGCUGUAGACCUACUGGAGGGUAUGUUACUGCUGGACCCAGAGACAAGGCUGACAGCAAAGCAGGGACUGUCACACCCUUACCUGGCUGAAUAUCAUGACCCAGAGGGCGAGCCAGACUCUGAGCCUUAUGACGACUCAUUUGAGAGCCUGGAGCUUGCUGUUGGGGAGUGGAAGAGUCUUAUACACAUGGAGAUCAUGACCUUCGACCCUGAAGACCCCAGUAAGACAGCCAUGUAGGAUGCUGUGAUGUGCUGGUACACAUAAAACACCUGCUGAAUGCUGAAGUUUUGGGGUGUAUCUGAUUUGUAUUGCAAUUCCAAUGCAAUUUACUAAAGGGCAGCUUUACUUGGUAUGGUGGCCUGAGAGGGCUUUAAAAAGAGAGUCUAAUUCUAGCAGUAAUGUUGUCUUUAUUCGAUAAUAUUUAGAUUUUAAUUUGAAUAGAAAUCAGAAUUGGCACCUCCGAUUUCAUCCAAAAAGUAAACCACAAAAUUCUAAAAUGCUGUCUUCUAGUACAUACAAUAUAUGUAGACCGAAUAAUGCUAACUCAUGGUGUAUGAAAUAUUAAAUGAUAAAUCCAUCCAGGAGGAAGAGGUUGAAGGCAAUGAGAAAAGUAGUAAGUGAACCAUGAGUUCAUAUUAUUUUGUUAAAAACUUCUCUUUCCAAGGUCAAGGAUAAACUAGCAUCUACAAACUAUCUACAAAAUAUCUUAUUUAUUGACUAUUGUAGAAUGGAUGGUAAAAUAAAUUGCAAUUUGUUUAAUUGAAUAGAAUGCAAAUUAAUAGAAAAGAUAACCCAGAAAGGUAACCCGCUCUUAUAAUACAAUUACCCUUAGUUACAUUUUGUCUUACUUUACAAGCACAGUUAUUGUAUAUGUCUCAUUUUGUAUGCUUUUGUGAAACAUAUUCAUAAUAUGUAAAGUGUGCAAUUUAGUGCAAUUUAUCUUUUUACUCAUUUGGAAAGAUGUGGGAAAUUAUUAUUUUGGAUCAUUUUUACUGUUGGAACUCAACUGUUUUCAAAUAAAAGAUUACA